CUGUCAUUUAACGUGAAUUGGAACACCGCUAUUUUAUAACCUCAAAAAUUGUGGUCGUCUUUGUUUUUAUUUAUAAAAAUAUUCGUAUAAUAAAUAAAAAAUGCUAACAAGGCUUCGGUUUAGACGAGAUUUUCGGGUUAUAGUCAGAUGUUUAUCCGACAAGCCAUCAGAUGGCGAUGGAAAAAUGCCAGAAUCUAAAGAAAAACCUGUAGUAACACAGAAGUCUUCAGAAAACGCCACUGAAAAGAUCCAGGAACUCUUGAAAUUGAUGUUAGCUGAACCGAAAAUUAAGGAAAGUGAAUACAAGGAUAAGUUUGCUACUGCACCAGUUAUACAGAGACGUAAGAAGGGCGAUGAAAUUGAAGUCAAAACAGAGAAAAUAGAGGAAAGCAUCACAAAAGCUGCUGGAGAAGUGGCGCAGGCUAUUGGUGGGAAUGUGAAGCAGACGGAGGCUGAGCUGCUGUCCAGGGUGCUGGGCAAGAUCAACCAGUCAUCCACUACUCUUAGUGACCUCCUCGUUGGCAUGAAGGUGGACCGUUCAAAAGAGGGAGAGGAUCAGAAACCACAGGAGACAAGAGGUCAGCAAGUCAAGCGUCUUGUGUCCAAAGCUAAAGUAACACAGGAGACGAGGUACUCUCAGAGGAAGGCCAAGCCUGCUGAUGGUGAACCAAGAGGACGAAGAACACCAGCAGUAUCGCAGCCGACAGUAGUGAACAUAUUCAGUGGGCAGCCAUUAGGUAUCUUCAAAGCUAAAGAAGCCAACUAUGGUACAACACUAGACGUCUGGGAGAAGCUGAAGCAAAGAGAACUGACCCUUGCCACCUUACAGCAGCCCGCCAACUACUUCCAGAAAAUGAUUCUCUGGACAGAGCAGGGCAAGAUCUGGAAAUUCCCUAUUGAUAAUGAACAAGGUUUAGAAGAAGAGCAGAAUGUUCACUUUUCGGAGCAUAUCUUCCUAGACUCCCACCUCGAAGGCUGGUGCCCCAAGAAGGGUCCAAUUAGACAUUUCAUGGAACUUGUGUGUAUUGGUUUGUCCAAAAACGCAUUCUACACAGUACAGGAGAAGAGAGACCAUAUCAUGUGGUACAAAGAGUAUUUUGAAUCCAAGAAGGAUCUACUCACAGAGGUUGGUGCUUGGGAUCAGGCAGCCAAGACCAGUGCAGAAGCAAGCCAGAGUUAAUUUGUAGAUUUUAUAAUAUGUAUGUAAGUUAUGAAAUAUAAUUAGUGUUACAUGUUA